CCGUUUAAUUCUGCCCCUUUGCCCGCACGAAACAAAAGCGCCGCCGCUCCUCGACGAGAGGGAGAGGGAGAUGGCGGCUGGCUCUCCUCGUCUUUACCCCGCUCCUUCCACCAGCGCCUGCUUUGAUUGCCUUCCGUUUCUGUCGUCGUGCAGUCGCGCAGCGAGGGGAGCACGCCAGCCGCGCGGUUGCGGGCUCCUCCCCCCACUCCAUAAAUAGCGCCGGCUUGGCAGGCAGCGCCGGCGCCUGCCUCUACCACCUUCCUUCCCUCCGCAUUUCCAACGACGGCACGGGGAGAUCCGCCGCGCGAGUAGAUUUUCCUGGCCGCGGUCCGUUAGCGCGGCGCCCGUGUGUGGGAAUCCAAGAACCGGCAGCGAGAUGCAGAGCAUGGCGGCGUCCUACUCCGCUUCGAGAGGCUGGGCGGCGGCGCGCCGUUGUCCCUCCCCUUCCCUGCCCGCGCGGCAUGUCGCCUUCUCCUCCUCGUCCUCUUCCCGCUGCCCCGUCGCGGGCGCCGGCGCGCCCGUGCUGCCGCUCGGCAUUCGCGGGGGCCGCCUGCUGCUCCCCUGCCCCCUGCUCCCGGCCGGCGGCAAGAACGGCUCGUCGGCGAGAAGGACGACGGCGACCGCUGCCGCGGCGUCGCCGUCGGCGGAGGGAGACGGGAAGCUGGAGGCCGCUGGCAUUCCGCGGACGCUGCAGCUCGGCGCGAUGAUCCUCGUCUGGUACCUCCUCAACAUCUACUUCAACAUCUGCAACAAGCUGGUUCUGAAAGCAGUGCCCUUCCCGUACACCAUCACCACCUUCCAGUUUGCAUCCGGCUCCUUCUUCAUCACUCUCAUGUGGCUGCUCAAUCUGCAUCCCAAGCCAAGGCUCUCCCUUCAACAGUACGCAAAGAUCCUGCCUUUGGCCUUAAUACACAUGAUGGGCAACGUCUUCACCAACAUGAGUUUGGGCAAGGUGGCUGUCUCCUUCACGCACACCAUCAAGGCAAUGGAGCCCUUCUUCUCUGUUCUGUUCUCAGUCUUGCUCCUCGGGCAGACACCUUCUUUACUGGUAGUAGGUUCUCUCGUACCGGUUGUCGGUGGAGUUGUGUUGGCAUCUAUGACUGAAGUUUCUUUCAACUGGAUUGGAUUUUGGAGUGCCAUGGCUUCUAAUGUUACAAAUCAGUCGCGAAAUGUUUUCAGCAAGAAACUUCUUGCUGACAAAGAGGAAACUUUGGACGAUAUAAAUCUCUUCUCAAUUAUGACUGUCAUGUCAUUUUUAUUGUCGGUCCCAUUAAUGCUAUAUUUAGAGGGCAUCAAGUUUAGCCCAUCGUACCUACAGAGCACUGGCGUAAAUCUUCAAGAACUAUGCGUGAAAGCGGCCAUUGCUGGCACUUGUUUCCAUUUUUACCAACAGGUUUCAUAUAGCUUAUUGGCCAGAAUUUCACCUGUGACCCAUUCUGUUGCAAACUCUGUCAAGCGAGUUGUUGUCAUCGUGUCAUCCGUUAUCUUCUUCAGAACCCCAAUUUCACCUAUAAAUGCCCUUGGAACUGGUCUGGCUCUGCUCGGUGUUUUCCUGUACUCUAGAUUCAAGAAGGCAAAACCAAAGGCAAAGGCUGCAUAAAGGCCGCUUAUAUAGCAACAAUUAGGUUCAGAAGGAUCAGGAUCAGGGGAAUGGACUGCUUUCACCGGUAGCAUACACUUGGCUUUCCCCCAGUUUGUCUCCACCAUGUUAUCUCAUCUUCUUAUUUGGCUGUUCCUACCUUGUCUAGAAGAUUUUUCUGAAGGUUGUGGUGGACCGACAAAGAAAUAGCACUGUCAAAACUCUUUUCAAGAGAAUAAGAAUUUGGCAUGUACUCCUGAAAGUUCUGAUACAGAAUAUUAGCCUUUUUGCAGUGAUUCUCUUGACAUGUUGAUGAAACUUA